AUGUUUAGAAACAAAACUGUUACCACUCCACACCAGAGCCUCAUUGCCAUAGUCCCAAACCCAGGCGACGUCGAAGCUGCAGUUUGCCUUAAACAAAAGCCCACUUUUGGAAUAUCUAUCAAGCCUUAUACAUUUCUUUCUUUUGCAGUUGACUCUUUUUUCAUGAAUACUGAAUCCUCGGCUGCCACUCUACCGUACCACAAGAGCUUAUCCGGACCUGAAGCCUUCGCGGAAUUCAGUCUGACUGACGAACCAGCCGAUUCCAGUGGCCCGGAGACAUGCUCACUCCCGGCGAAUGACGUUUGUCCCUCUGAGGUGGACUCAUCUGGCCGGCCUCCUUCACACUGCCCGAUGAGUGCUUAUACCAUCACUUCUGGUGUGCGUCUGGGGCCACUCUCUCGACACCAACACACAUGUGUAUCUGGCGCGCCUUUCACCUCCGGAGGAGGUCAAGACGGCUUGGAAGGUGUGUGGGUUGCAGGAAGGCGUCGCUAUAAGGAGGAGAAGGUCAGUCUGCGUCUGGGAAAUGCCUGCAAGGAGUCAAGUCUGUAUGCUGAGUCAAAUGGCAGUGUGGGAGAAUCGCAUCAUGAAGCUGAUGGCGAGUGUGACAGUUAUGUGAACACACAUGACUUUGUCCCAAGGGCAUCUCGCGAUGCCAAUCUCGAAAGUAGACUAAACGAUUUGGAGGAAGAUCAGCAGGCAUCGGAUCAGAAGACAUGCUAUCCUGCCGAGAUCGUUAGGCGUAACGAGAUCUGCUUUGAGCAUGCACACUGGCGCAUGACCGAGACGGAUGGGCAAAUUGGGCUAGCCGACGUCGAGUUGCGAGGCUUUCUUUACGUGAAAACUCAUCGGCAAGAUGACUCUGGUUCUCACUGGCUUGAACUCGGCUGGAUCCGUGUAGCCAGUUUGGCUCCUAACUCCUUCUACAAGGAAGUGCUAGUUCCCGAUGUUUCUAGCAGCCAGUACAUCGGCGGACCAAUUCUGCGGAUCGCCUGUUCGCAGCGUCAGCCAGUUGGUGGAAUUUCGGUGAAGGAGGCCAUGGAAAUCAGUAUCGCACCUUUCAGGCUCCAGAUCAGCAAAAAAUUCUACACUACAAUGAUGCCCUUCUUCUUCCCAGAGAAAGAUCAGCAUUCACAACACCAGCAGCAUCAACAUCAAGCUCAGCAGCCUUUACGUCGAACUCCUCUACCUAAUGAAUCACCCGAUCGCCAACUCUGUCCUCCCGUUGAUUCUGCAAGCAUUGACCUCCACUACCCCCUUUCUGUUUCCUCUACUGCCCUAGUCUCAACUCCACCCAUCCCUGUUGCUUCGUCUCCGAUUCUUGGGCAUCCCCUUGCAUUCUGCUUACCCAUUGCUACAGAAUCAUCUUCACCUGUCGCUUGGAGGAAGAAUCUGUCUUGCGUUACAGGCAUGCAAAACGAAGGCGAGACAACAGGCGUAUUUAUACUUCCCGAUUUUCGUAACUACAACCUUGAAGAGCGUUAUCCGCGUUCCUAUCGUUCGAAGGUCAAUCACAAUGCUGGCUUUCAUCGAGGUUCCUCCUGGCUUCAGCGCCAUUUAGGGAGCAUCAGAAGCCGGCAUCAUCGCUCUGAGCCGUUCGUCAGUCAGGCCCUAGGUUUCACUUUUGUCGGUUAUGAGCUGUCUCUCGGUGGGGCUCUGGGUCGAGGUCUAGUUCAUGGCCAGCAUCUGCCGCCCACAGUAGGCAACAGAUGUGACGGAGGCAACUAUGUCCUUGGCCCCUCGGAAGCAGAUCUGACAGUUGAAGCAGCUAUGGCCGGUGGGUUUCUGGCUACCGACACGGCGAGUCAACCCUCGAAGGACAUCUACCUUGAGUCAAGUUUUCCUGUGAGACUGAAAUCCGAGGAUGCGGACAUAUUUGAGGCGAUUUCACCAGCAUCUUUGAUCGGACGUACUGCGUAG